AUGCCAAAUGGUAUUUUCUCAUUUCAUAAAUCGCUUGUAACCCAUAAUAUCGCACAUAAUAUGAAUGGUUACGACGGGCGCCGACGUCUGCUGAGCACCGGUAGUCUGUAUUUCGACAUCGAUAAAGAGGAGAGGGAGGCCUUCAAUGAGAUCAAUCGCGACGAAAGCUUCGGUGAAUUAGAGUGGAAACUGAAACGAUUGCGCGCGGAGUUCAAGAUUAAGGACAACGAUGUCUUGUUCAGGAAAUAUCAGUCCCGUCUUCAGCACAGGUUCUUCACAAUUCUUCUCAUGUUUAAUAUGAUCGUCAAUUUCAUCGACUGUUUUUGGUACUUCUUCUACAAAUUUUUUUAUGAUAAUAUUUUCUGUGGUAUUUUCUCAUUUCAUAAAUCGCUUGUAACCCAUAAUAUCGCACAUAAUAUGAACGGUUACGACGGGCGCCGACGUCUGCUGAGCACCGGUAGUCUGUAUUUCGACAUCGAUAAGGAGGAGAGGGAGGCCUUCAAUGAGAUCAAUCGCGAUGAAAGCUUCGGUGAAUUGGAGUGGAAACUGAAACGAUUGCGCGCGGAGUUCAAGAUUAAGGACAACGAUGUGUUGUUUAGGAAAUAUCAGUCCCGUCUUCAGCACAGGUUCUUCACAAUUCUUCUCAUGUUUAAUAUGAUCGUCAAUUUCAUCGACUGCUUUUGGUACUUCUUCUACAAAACGGACUUUGAGUUCCCAUUCCCGGCAAUGUUGCGGUUGACGGCACUUAUAGUCUACAUAUCGUUCCUAAUCCUCGCCCAUCACAACGAGAAAUGGUUUCGGUCUGAGUUCGCCCGCGCUAUCGCCGGAAUCGCCGUAUUGUUGGCCAUGAUUUAUGCCGAAUACGGAGGUUUCAUAUUCACUCUUACCGGCGACCAGUCCUUCAAAUGGAAACGCCUUCGACCCGUAUAUUACCUCAUUAUAUGCAAUGAACUUCUAUUGCCGUUCCCGUCGCGGGUCUACUCAGUGGUGGCCACUGUUGUGAUCAUAGCGUUGGAGAUAACGAUUGUGAACCGUCGGGCCUUUUUAGACCACCGCCGGUGCGUUGAGUCCAAGUUUAAGCUGACCUUCGAGAAGGACCAACAGGAGAGACUGCUCGGCUCGUGUCUACCCCAACAUCUCAUGAAGAAAGUGAAGAGAGAUAUCAGAGAGCGGUUCGCGCAGCACAUGGAACAGCACGACUCGACACGACAGGCGUCCAUUUCCCGGCCCUUUUCCGAGCUGUAUAUCGAGAAGUAUACGGAUGUCACCAUUUUGUACGCCGAUAUCGUCAACUCAAUGCUUUUGACACAAUCGCUGGAAUCGCCGCAAGAUUUGGUCGAAACACUGAACGAACUUUUCGGUCGAUUUGACACUCGAGCCGAAGCCAACAAUUGCUUACGUAUCAAACUAUUGGGCGAUUGCUAUUACUGUGUGUCCGGUAUUCCCGUACACGACCCCAACCACGCGCUAAACAGUAUUAAUAUGGGUAUAGAUAUGAUUGAUAUAAUAAAGUAA